AUGGAGCAGCCCCGACAGACUCCACUAAGGGAGCAGUCACUGGCGGUUUCGACGCCCGCAACAGGGGUGGUUGGAUCGUCAGAUGCUACGGAAAUACACAAGCCAAUUUUAGACCGGCGUUUUGCGGCAGGCGACAUGGCGAUGCCGCCGCCAACCAUGGCCAUCGAUGACGCGUUGGUUGGGGCGAGCGGCUCAGAAACCGCCCCCGUUUCAGGCGACGAAUCGAAGGAUGACAGUGGCAAUGUAACGGCCGGGAAAGCACCCAAUGGCACAGAGGAUAAUCAGCGUGUUUCGGCGUAUGCGCGCCUUGACUUUGACAGCUUCACGUUUUACGUUCAGACCCUAGAGGUGAUUCUGGGCCGCCGCCCGGAGAAUGGUACCAACAUGGUGGAUGUUCACCUGGGCCCCGCCAAGGCGAUUUCGCGAAGACACGCCAAGAUAUUUUUCAACUUUGCGACCCAGCAAUUCGAGUUGACGGUCAUGGGCCGGAAUGGUGCCUUUGUUUCAGAUGAGUUCGUUGAUAGCGGUUCUACGGUGCCUUUAGAGAAUGGCACGCGCAUUCAGAUUGGUGAAAUCACUUUUACGUUCGUGUUACCUGAGCAGCCUGAUGGUGGGGUUCCUCGCGGCAAGGGUGAAGAUCCGGUCAAGAGUGAGGAUCUGGCUCUGAACCACGGCUCACCUGCCCCGCGACGCAGCCGCAAAUCGGAUAAAGUCGACGCUGCCGACGAAAAUAAUUUCUUCGCUGUACAUGGCGGAGACCGCGGGCCGGCAAGUGGCCCCCCUCCGACUCGCAAAAAGCCCCGGCGGGAAUACAAACCAGAGGAGAUUCCUCCUGAAUACCGAGAAAAGCCCCCGCACUCGUACUCGCACUUAAUUGCUACUGCGUUGCAGGAGCGGGCGCCCAAAUCCGGAAUGUCACUUGCUGAUAUCUACGAGGCAAUCAUGGACAUCUUCCCGUACUAUCGGUACUGCCCGCCUGGAUGGCAGAAUUCCGUGCGCCACAACUUAUCGUCCUCCAAGGCCUUUGAGAAGCUCACAAAAGAGGGCAAGGGCCACUUGUGGGGAUUGAAUCAGGAGCAUCUCGCUGCAAAGGAAGAACAAAAGAAGCGGGCAGCAGCUCGUCAGCUUCGUCAACAGCAACAGCAGCAGCAAGCAGCCCAACAGGCGGCUCAACGUGCAGGGCAGUCUGAAAAGACCAUUGCUGAGCUCGCACAAGAGAUCCCGGCUCGACCACGGCCCCAGACGGGACUAAGCCAAGACACCGUCAAGCUUUUAGGCAGUUUGCAGCAGCGUUUACAGCAACAAUUGGCACUUGCCGGUCAACCUGCCAUUAAUCCUCAAGUUUUGACCAAUGCACUGGCUGUUGUUAUUGCCCAGGCGGCAAAGACGGCUGGAGGCAUCCAAAAUCUUGACACAUUGUUGAAGAAUCCGCAAGCUGCUCAGACGUUGAUGGUGCAGGCGCUAGAACUGAUGAAGAGACAGGCGGCUAAACAUGACGAACAGGAUUCUGGUACAGCGAGUCCUGCUCCGUCUGGUCUAGGAUCUUCGACAGCGGUCCCGACGGCAUCGUCCUCGGAAGCUGCUGCUGCGGUGGCUGUUUCUGUAGCAGCAGGUGUGACAGAGCCUUCUCAAGUUCAGGUACCAGCGCAGGCUCCUCAGGUGUCUGCGCAAGUACCCGAUCAAGCAUCUCAAGCGCCUCAAGCGCCUCAAGCACCCCAAGCACCUGAAGCACCUGCUCAAGUACCUCAAGCGGCGGAGCAGGCACCUCAGGCCCCGGCGCUGGCUCAAGCUCAAGCUCAAGCUCAAGAGGCAGCACCUUCCGGAGCAAGCCCGACACAACCGGCCGCUCCUCAAACUUCAGCCGCAGCCGCGCCACCUUCACUGGAAAAAAUCACCGAGCUCUUGGAAAAGGCCGAAAAAAUUCCAAACCCCACCCCGCAAAUCCAAUCCAUGAUUGAGCAACUCCGCCAACACAAACGGCAGCUCGAACUUAAACGGCCUGCAGAGUCCGAUUUGGAACCCUCAGCUAAACGCUGA